UCGAGGACAGUCGGGUGUACAUUCAGAUCCCCCAGUACUUUGCUAUUGCACGGCCGGGACUCCGGAGUGGCAGAAACUUUCGGGCAACCCCUGCCGCUGCGGUUGGGAGAAGCCAGGACUGCGCCGCCCCUCGCUCGGAUAUGGAGCUGCUGUCGCCGCCGCUCCGCGACGUAGACCUGUCGGGCCCCGACGGCUCUCUCUGCAACUUUGCUACAGCGGACGACUUCUAUGAUGACCCGUGUUUCGACUCCCCAGACCUGCGCUUCUUCGAGGACCUGGACCCGCGCCUUGUGCACGUGGGCGCACUCCUGAAGCCCGAGGAACACGCGCACUUCCCCGCGACAGUGCACCCGGCCCCGGGUGGGCGCGAGGACGAGCAUGUGCGCGCGCCCAGCGGGCACCACCAAGCCGGCCGCUGUCUACUGUGGGCUUGCAAGGCGUGCAAGCGCAAGACCACUAACGCCGACCGCCGCAAGGCGGCCACCAUGCGUGAGCGGCGCCGCCUGAGCAAAGUCAACGAAGCCUUCGAGACGCUCAAGCGCUGCACGUCCAGCAACCCGAACCAGCGGCUGCCCAAGGUGGAGAUCCUGCGCAACGCCAUCCGCUACAUCGAGGGCCUGCAGGCGCUGCUGCGUGACCAGGACGCCGCGCCCCCUGGCGCCGCCGCUGCCUUCUAUGCGCCUGGCCCGCUGCCCCCAGGCCGCGGCGGCGAGCACUACAGCGGCGACUCGGACGCGUCCAGCCCGCGCUCCAACUGCUCCGACGGCAUGAUGGACUACAGCGGCCCCCCGAGCGGUGCGCGGAGGCGGAACUGCUACGAUGGCACCUACUACAGCGAGGCGCACAGCGAACCCAGGCCCGGGAAGAGUGCUGCGGUGUCCAGCCUUGACUGCCUGUCCAGCAUCGUGGAGCGCAUCUCCACCGAGAGUCCCGCCGCGCCCGCGCUUCUGCUGGCCGAUGCGCCGCCGGAGUCGUCUCCCGGCCCGCAGGAGACGGCCACCCCGAGCGAGGGCGAGCGCGGCGCCCCCACCCCUUCCCCCGACGCCGCCGCGCUGUGCCCUGCGGGCGCGAACCCCAACCCCAUCUACCAGGUGCUCUGAGGGGUGGGCGGCCGCGUCGGAGGGCGCUGCUGCCCACCCGCCCGAGGGAGGGUGCCCUUAGGGUCCCUCGCGCCGAAAAGAUUGAGCUUAAAUGCCACCUCUCCCCAACCGCGCUU